UGGGGGAAAACACGGGGAGGGGCGGGGCUAGGAGACCAGAGGGAGGGUCUGGGGACCCGGGAAUGCGGAGGGAAGGGUCUGUGGGCUCGGCAACGCGUUUCCAUUCUGCGAUUGGUUGAGAAUCUGGCAUAAGCGCAGCCCCUUGUGUCGCCUGGAUGCGUAUGGGGGAGCAGUUCUAGCUAAAAGCCGAUACCCUUUCCACCCUGGGAUCCCACAAACGCUUUCCUUCAGAAUACAGCUCCAGGCCUCUCCCGGAGCCACCUUUCUCCUUCAGCCUGGGAGAGGCAGGCGGGGCUCCUGGGGGCGUGGGAGAGGAAGGACCGCCCUAUCGGGGCGGCCUAAGGCUGGCGCUGAGGCUUAGGGUUGGGACUGGGCGAGGGGCUCCACGGCCGGUUCGGUUCAGAACAGCCCGAACUCGAGCGCGCAGCGAAGGCGGGACCCCAGAAGACUUCCCUCCUUUCCCUUAAACUCCCAGCAAUCAGACGGGGAACACCCGCGGACUCGGGAACCACACGGUGCCCCCGACCCAGAGACCUAACCUGAAAGAAGGUGCAAGUCUCCCUUCAAGGCCCCCUCCUUGCUGCCUGAAGCAGGGACAGAGCUGUUAGGGAAGUGGCUACUCCUGAUUCUAAGUGUGAACAGCCCAUCCUGGCCACCUUCCACAGGAAACCUGACCUGAGGGACAGAGAGGAAGGAAGCAGGAUAAGACUUUGCCACUAAUGUCAGUGCUGAACCCUGGCUGGCCCCACCAAGAGGACAGCCCCACCCCUGGGGAGCCAGGUCCACCAGCCAACUCGGACAAUGACUUAGGCCACCUGCCAGGGGAAGACCCUGAGGAUACUUCCGCUCAGGGUCCUACAGUUCUGCACUUGGGCCCCUCUUUCCUGGACACCAACCAAGCCCUCAAGUGGCCUGGACUUUGGCCCCUCCUGCAGCAGCUCCCUCCACAGGACAGUGAUGAACUCUACUGCCUGGCCCUUGGGGAGGAGGAGCUGGCUGAGCUGCGGCUCUUCUCCACACAGCGGAAGCAGGAGGCCCUGGGACAGGGGGUGGCCUGCCUGGUACUUCCCAAGCAUGAAGGACACACCUGUGAGAAAUGCAGGGAGCUGCUGACACCAGGGAAGUAUGGAGUGUUUGCAGCACCAGCCGGGGAGCAGCGCUACUGGCACCAGCCUUGCUUUGCCUGUCAGGCCUGUGGCCAGGCCCUGAUAAACCUCAUCUACUUCUACCACGAUGGACGUCUCUAUUGCGGCCGUCAUCAUGCAGAAUUACUGAGGCCACGCUGCCCGGCUUGUGACCAGCUGAUCUUCUCCCCCCGCUGCACAGAGGCGGAGGGACGCCGCUGGCAUGAGAACCACUUCUGCUGUCAGGACUGCGCUGAGCCCCUGGGCGGGGGACGUUAUGCCCUGCCGGGGGGCAGCCCCUGCUGCCCCAGCUGUUACCAGAUCCGUUACUCGGGUGCAGGCUGGAGCCCUGCCGAGGCACUAGAAAGGCAGACAUCCCUUGCCCUUCUCGCUGCUGCCGGCAGUCCCAGUCUGGAAACCCAGACGGGGCUGCCUGCAUCCAGCCCCGAGCAGGAGAGCCGAGUUGGGGGCAAGGCAGUGGCAUCCAAAGUACGGGAGCAAGACCGCCCGGAGACUCCCCAUGAUUCCGAGGACGCCCACUGCCCCACCUGCUCUUCUUCCUCUGACUCGGAACCCGAAGACUUUUUCUUAGGCCAGCGCCUUCCUCGGCUCUGGAAGACCCGCGGAAGCUUCCAACCAGGGGACAGCGACACCUCCAAGAAGCAUUGCACCAUCUGCUAGUGGCGCAGCCCAGAGAUGGGCUGUGAGUGGGCAGGAAGGGAUCUGUAAAACAGGAGAACAAAGUUCUCCAGACUGAAUGCAAUUAGGGGCACGUCCGGGAGGGAAGAAAUGACAGAUUUGGCAUGCGCCCUCUUCAGGACGUUCUAUGAUUUGAUGGACACUUAAGGAACCUCAUUUCCCAAACCU